AUGAGCUGCGCUGCAGUAAACUACGUUCUUCCAAACGACGAGCUGGAACAAGAUCGCCUGGAUCUGCAGCACCACUUGUUUACGCUCACCCUUGGCGGUAGGAUCUACAACGCGCCAAUCGACGAGCCUAGAAUCAGUACGAUUCUCGAUGCUGGCACUGGCACUGGGGUUCGGGCCAUCGAUAUGGGAGACAAGCUUUCCCAUGUCGAGGUUGUGGGAAUCGACAUCAGUCCCAUUCAGCCGAGCUUCGUCCCACCCAACGUCUCCUUUGUGAUUGACGAUCUAGAGUUGGAAUGGGCGGAUCCACACCCCUAUGACUUCAUCUUUGGCCGCAUGCUUGUAGGCUCGAUUGGAGAUUGGCCCAACUUUAUCCGCCAAAGCUUUGAGAACCUGAAAUCCGGCGGCUGGCUCGAACUUCAAGAUAUCGUCAUGCUGCCUCAAUGUGCCGACGGCACCAUGAAGGAGGGUUCCAGCAUCAAGAAGUGGGGCGACACCAUGCUGGAGCCCUGCGCCGUUCUCCAGCGUUAUGGCGACAGCGCCUUGAGGUAUAAGCAGCAGAUGAUUGAUGCUGGAUUCACCAAUGUUACCGAGGUCCAGUACCGAUGGCCCACCAACACCUGGCCGAGAGAUGCGCACGAUCGAGAGCUGGGCUUCUGGAGCUACCACAACAUUGUUGGCGGUCUGUCUGGGCUGAGUCUUGCUCUGUUCACGCGCUCGUUGGGUUGGUCAGCAUACCGUGUUGAAGUAUUCUUGACGAGUGUGAGAAAGGAGAUGAAGGAUAAAAACGUGCAUGCUUGGUGGCCUAUAUACGUGGUGUACGGUCAGAAGCCGUGA